AUAAGACUCUUAACUUGAGAUAUGCGAGAGUUUGGUGCCAGACCCCUGGUGUGAGCAGAUGGGGAGCUUCUGCAUAGCUGUUUAAACUUGAAAGCCCUAGGAGCUCUUGAUUUCAAGGAAACGCCUGUUUACUGAUCCAAAUCAAGCAACUCUUGAGAAAUGGGAGUGCCUUCCUGACCUCAGUCUUUAUUGAUCUUGGUAUCCGCACCUCCAGUGACGUGUCCUGAAGGGUGGGAGAGAAUGCACAAGUGCCUCACACACAGGGAAAGAAGGAAGUCCAACUAUUGCUGCAGAAAGUCCCCACUGGGGAGGUGCGGGUAGAGUGUUUGGGUAGUAUUAAACAGUGAGUGCCCUGUGAGAAGCACAGUGCCCGGGUGCAGCACUUUGCAUCAGCUCUGAUUUUGAAAUCAGAAACAGAAGGCUUUGAAGCCGGCCAGUAAGGGGUUGUCAGGCAGUUGACUAAUGCUCUUGAUUUGAAUCGGAGGCUGCUGUGAAAAGGGAUGCAGCUUCUGCUAGCCACCGUGAACUUCUGAAUCUCACUAGGGUUGGGUCUGCUUUGGGGCACUCAGAUAACCCCAGUAUUUCCAAACCAGCUUUCCCUUUUGCUUCGGGACAUAUCUUACCCAAGCCUGCACUAUGGAGAAGUGGGACGGUAAUGAGGGCACCUCAGCUUUUCACAUGCCUGAGUGGAUGAUCCAGUUUGCUGACCAGAAGCAAGAAUUCAACAAACGUCCCACCAAAAUUGGACGUCGCUCUUUGUCUCGUUCCAUUUCUCAGUCAUCUACUGACAGCUACAGCUCAGCGGCUUCAUAUACAGAUAGCUCUGAUGAUGAGACAUCACCCAGGGACAAGCAGCAAAAGAACUCUAAGGGAAGCAGUGACUUCUGUGUUAAGAACAUCAAACAGGCAGAGUUUGGACGAAGAGAAAUUGAAAUUGCUGAACAAGAAAUGCCUGCACUGAUGGCUUUGAGGAAGAGAGCUCAAGGAGAAAAGCCUUUGGCUGGAGCCAAAAUCGUGGGUUGCACACACAUCACUGCUCAGACUGCUGUGCUUAUGGAAACUCUGGGUGCUCUGGGGGCCCAGUGCCGAUGGGCUGCCUGCAACAUCUAUUCCACUCUCAAUGAAGUGGCUGCUGCUCUAGCAGAAAGUGGAUUUCCUGUUUUUGCCUGGAAGGGAGAGUCAGAAGAUGACUUUUGGUGGUGUAUUGAUAGAUGUGUGAAUGUGGAGGGCUGGCAGCCAAACAUGAUCUUGGAUGAUGGAGGGGAUCUUACCCACUGGAUUUAUAAAAAGUAUCCCAACAUGUUUAAGAAAAUCAAGGGCAUAGUAGAGGAGAGUGUUACUGGAGUUCAUAGGCUGUACCAACUGUCCAAAGCUGGGAAGCUGUGUGUUCCAGCCAUGAAUGUCAAUGACUCAGUCACCAAACAGAAAUUUGACAACCUCUACUGUUGCCGUGAAUCAAUUCUUGAUGGACUUAAAAGGACAACAGACAUGAUGUUUGGUGGAAAGCAAGUGGUAGUCUGUGGCUAUGGAGAGGUGGGGAAAGGGUGCUGUGCUGCCCUGAAAGCCAUGGGCUCCAUUGUGUAUGUAACUGAAAUUGACCCCAUCUGUGCCCUACAAGCCUGUAUGGAUGGAUUUCGACUGGUGAAAUUAAAUGAGGUCAUCCGACAAGUGGACAUUGUUAUUACCUGUACAGGUAACAAGAAUGUGGUAACCAGAGAGCACUUGGACCGUAUGAAGAAUAGCUGCAUCGUUUGUAACAUGGGACAUUCCAACACAGAGAUUGACGUGGCGAGUCUGCGGACACCAGAACUGACCUGGGAGCGAGUGAGAUCUCAAGUUGACCAUGUGAUAUGGCCUGAUGGCAAGAGGAUAGUACUGCUGGCAGAGGGCCGCCUGCUGAACCUUAGCUGCUCCACAGUGCCUACAUUUGUGCUGUCAAUCACUGCUACUACUCAGGCUCUUGCUUUGAUAGAGCUUUACAAUGCUCCUGAGGGUCGCUAUAAGCAGGAUGUCUACCUGUUGCCCAAGAAGAUGGAUGAGUAUGUGGCCAGCCUCCACCUGCCUACAUUUGAUGCCCACUUGACAGAGCUGACAGAUGAACAGGCCAAGUAUCUGGGACUCAACAAGAAUGGGCCCUUCAAGCCUAAUUACUACAGGUAUUAAGUUCCUGUAACUCAAACCAGAAUUUUUAAGGAAUAGAACUCCAAGCCUUUUCUCCACUACUAUACAAGAAAGAAUUCAGCAAGCUGCUUCUCCAGUCAAAGCUGCCUGCCGUGCUCACUCUGUGUGUUAGGUUAUUUAUUUAUUAAAAUCAAGAAUCCUGUGCCUGUAGUGUUGGCCCAGAGUGUGGUUACUGCCCUGAGGGCCAUGAGAGCCACAGAGGACGGGCUGAGGAAGGAAAGAAAUGGGGUCACUGCUCCCAGUGCAUCAUUUGCAUCAUUCCGCAUUGACUGAAUCCUCAGCAGUGGCCGUUUUUCCUCUUGUCCAGGCUCACGAGUUAGUCCAGGGAUUCCAUACUCCCUAUUCCCUGGAGUUUUCUGGAAUAAAUGUUCAGCACCUGCUUUUCUCAGCUUUGGCCCUUCCCCGGGUGAGGCCGUUUGGAAUUAACAUGGCCAGUGUUUCACACAAGAUUGGGUUCCCAAUCUUGACCAUCACUAUCACUGCCUUCUUUAUAUAAAGGCUAAUAAAGGAGGAGUGUUAUUUAUGGCUUUGCCAAGCUACAUCAAGAACUCAGCUGUGCUGUGCCUACCAGGGGUCUCCUUUCUUACCCAGGACUCCUUUCUUCUCCUUGAAUAUUUAUGUCCAUUUUAACACUUUCUGGUUGCAAGAGGGAUGUGCCUCCAUUAUUUCCUCCACAGUUUUGGUAUUUGUCAGACAUUUGUUUUGCUGUCUUUCUAAUCCAACCAACCUCUGCUCAGGAAGUGGGGCCAGCUCCACUGGGACCCAUAGUUUUACUUCCUUGUCAUUUGAUUGGAUAGUUUCCAAGGAAGCCCCUCCAGAUUGGCACUAUCUCAGAAAAGGAGAGCUGCUUGUGAAACACUGCUUCCUGAAACUUCCUGCUAUUGCCUAAAGCUACGUCUGAAACUGAGUAGGGAAAGGCAUACUUUUCCAGGGACUUAGGGGGAUAGGCUUUGGAAAUGGGACAGGUCUUUCAGACUCACAGCUUGAUACCCUAACAAAGCAGAGUAUAUUUAUUUGUUUCCCAGGAAGGCCAUUGCAGUUUGACUGGCUGAGAGAUACAGAGAUGAGAUUGUAAACUGUGUCCAGAUUAUCAAAGCUAAUUUGACUAGUUUGAACCUCGUCAGCCAUUCAUUCCUUUGGCCAUUGCCAUGGAUGAAACCAAGAUCUGCAGUCUGAUCUGUGGUCUUCUCUGCUGGCAUAUCUUUUAUGAUUUAACCUCUUCCAUUUGAUGAUUCUGUAUUUCAGAGGCAGUUUCUUGAGUAACUCCAGUGCUACAAAAAGAAUUAGUAAUGUGGUGUGGGCAGUGUGACAUUUUAUGUCCCACCCAAAAAUUGGAUUCCUUUUGGAGACUGAUCUGUUGGUCUCAAGCGUUUCAUUAGGACCAGAUUGGUUCUAAGAAUUAGUCUGGAGUGGCCCUAGGAAACUUGAAUUAAAUAAGCCUCUUCCCCUUACCGAUCCUUUUUACACUCUCAGGUUUGUUUGUUUCCCACUGUUUUCCUAUGCUGGUCUGCCUCAAAGUCUCAAGACCAAGGUGACUCAAGGAAACACCAGACCACCCAUGAUCACUAAAACCUUCCCAUCCUGAUUCUCUUCUUCUACCUCCACCCUCUCCAACUUCUCCUGGUCUUCACAUAUACUCUCAGAGCUAGUCUGAAAGUGACCUUACUUUUGGAAGUAGGGAAGUGGAACUUUGGCAAAUGACUAUUUGCCUCAUUAAAUAGUAUACAGGCUCAGCCCAUAGAGUACAGUUCUUCAGAGGCCAUAUGUCUCAGCAAGUACUGGUUAUAUUCUUUUUUUUGUAAGGAAGAUCAUAAAUGCUAAAAAUUUCACUAAGCCAUUCAGUUCUUCCUUUUGCCUACCUAGUCCUGAUUUUUGUAUUAAUUGGGUCCCUUUAGCAAGAGAUUCAGAUCUUUGUACCUUAUCUUAUAUCCAGAGCAGAUUCCAUUUGACAGAUACAUGGUCUCUAGCCUAUUGUAUUCUUAGACCAAAAAUCAUAACCUGCUGUUUCUCAGCAAAGCCUUGCUCUCUGGAGCUUACUAUGUGCUGGUACUUAAACAGUACAUUCUGCCUUGCUAUAGUGAAGAGACCCACUCCAAAUAAAAAAGGAGCCACACUGGGCUUCUAAGGUAGGUUGCCAGUGUUGCUGCCCAUGAUGAGUUAUUUGCCUCUGAGUUUCAGAUGACCUCUCUGUAGGGACACUGUGUCAUCAACCAUUAAGAAGAAAGAACUACAAGCCUCCCAAGUAUUUGGGUUCUAUCUUAGGGUUGAAAUCUGGUCAUUAUUCCCUCUACCCUUGUAAUCAGAGCAAUGUGUCUUCUUUCCUCCAACCUCUUACCUUGGAUGCAUCCUGGUUAUCUGGAAGCAUGGGAAAGAAGGCUAAUUAUCUCUUUGUAUGUGGCUCCAGUCUGUGAGGAUACAUAACAUUUUCUCUACAAUGAAUCUGUGCUAAUAUUUUGCCUUCUUUCUUUCUUUUCUUUUCACCCUUAGAGACAGGGUUUCACUAUGUUGCCCAGGCUGGUCUCAAACUCCUGGGCUCAAGCAAUCCUCCUGCUUCAGCUUCCUGAGUAGCUGGAACCACAGGUGUGUGCUACCAUGCCUGGCACUUUUUUGCCUUCUUAAUGGAGAUAUUCAGUUUUCUUUUUUUCAUUUAAACAAAGAAAAAAAAUGUAUCUACUCUACCUUCCCUCUGCUCUCCUCCCUCCCUAUCCUACUUGCCCAUAUGAGCGCGGCUCCCCAUGGCCACAUACUCCUGCAAAGCUUUUUUGCUGCUUCGCUUUUCUCUGAACAGAUCUGAUAUUGCUGCUCCUGUGGUUUUCUCAAAAUUAACUUUGCCAUGGUUUUUAAAAAGGAAUCAAAAUGCAUUGUUGCAUUAAGCUUUUUCAAUAAAGGAAAAUUAUGGAAGGAAAAUAGGCAACACCAGCAAAUUAUAUGUGGACAGGUUCUAAACUCUAUAUAUACAUAUAUAUAUAUAUAUCUAUAUACGUAAUCAUCUAGUUCUGUCAUCUUACUGAAAGGAAUAAAACUUCUAAAGAUCACCAUUUCUGAGAAGUUCUUGGAAAUCUUUAUGUCUAAGUGAUUGUAUUAGAUCAGCAAUAAUGACUAUGUAAUCUCAAAAAACAAAUAAAAUAUUCUUAACAUGGA